AUGUUUUCCGAAGACGUCCUGCUGACGCGGUCCCGGAGCAACAGCGAGUCGCAGUUCAAGUCCACGCGUGCAGAAAAGCGCCUGGGCCGGCUGUUCAAGCCGCCGUCCAGCACGAGCUCGACCCCCAAGCCGGGCCCUUCGUGCCCCAACGGCUCGACGGCCAGCAUAGCGUCGUCGGUGCCGUCUGCGAGCUCCAAGGGCGAGCCCAAGCAGCUCGCCUUGGAGGAUUUGAAGUACCAUGUUGGACGGAACCUGCGCAGCAUGAGCCAGAGUGCGAUUCCUACCUCGUCGUCGAUGACGCCGCAAAACGGCGGGCUGCCCAGAAAGCCGUCGCUGGCGUCGCAGACCGCCGUCACGGACGGCAAGUUGACCACGCUGCGCGAAGUGCACGGCACGACCUCAGAACGGCUGGCCUUUUCUGACACCAUGAAAAUGGCACACAAAGUGCGAUUUGUCUACUCCGAAUUUACGGGCGUGCUGAGAAACUUGGGGAUCUCGAUCAACACGUCUACGAGCUCGUUCAACAACUUUGUGAGCCUGUACGACUUUCUGAACCGCCGCGCCAACGACACAGACGCGGACACCGUCCACGAGAGUCUGCGCACGCAGCUGGCGACGCAGCUGGUGGAGCUGUUGAAGGAUCUGCGCAAAAUAGUUGACCAUCUGACCUUUCCGAGCCACAUGAUUGCGUCGCUGGGCACGGAAACGAUCCGGAUGGCGUACUUCUCGCUGUUUUCGCUGCUGGUGGAGCUGACGGGCAUCUGCAAAAUACUCGACCCAUCGUUUGCGCCUCGGACGCAGCAGAAAGGUCUGCGCCCCGCCCAGCUCUCAACGGCCCCGCUGGCGCCCCAGAAACUGCGCACACAGCCUCCGAAGAUCAAUAGGGCGCCGCCUACGAAUCCGCACAGUCAGGCGAUUCCCGUCCCGCAGCGCCAGCCGUCUGUGCACCGCCAGCCGCUCAAGGUCGACACGAGCUUGCCGGCGGUUGCGCGCCAGGACUCGGAGCUGAGUGCUAUCAGCAACGUCGAGUCAACGACCGACAACGAGAAGCUAUACGACAUAAUCAGCUUCACGACACAGGCGGCGCACGCUGUGUUCACCCAGCUCAACGACGCGCUGGCCAAGAGCGCCAUCAGCACCGCACAAAACACACAGAACUCGCAAACUUCGCAGGACGCAGACCCGGACAACCAGGACCUGCCCAACAUCGCGCAAAAGGUGAAGGAGCUCACGACGUACUGCAUGAACUCGAUGGAGCAGACCAAACGGAUCAAGGUGGUGCUCAACCAGACGCGCGGCGCGCAGAGGCUCGACGAAGAGCAGCAAAAGAGACUCUACGAGGAGACGAACCUGUUUCUGAAGUCGAUCAUCAGCUUUCUGGCAGCCACGAAGGGCGCGCUGCAGGACAUGCCGGCGUUGAACGAGGUGCGUGGGGCGCUCUCGAACCUCACGCGGGCCACCAAGGAGCUGACGAUCCGUCUCGAAACAAGCGUGCUCAAACAGUCGGUCACCAACGCCACGGACCAGCCGCCGCUCUCGUCGAUCCCGUCGGUGGCCAACUUCCAGAACGGCCAUUUUGGCCAGGAAGCCUCCGCCCGCACAGUCCCGUCGCCGCUCCAGUCGGAGAAGGAGGACUCGAUGCAGCAGCAGGUGAAAAAUCUCCAGACGAGCGGCCUCGAGCACGUGGCGCAGCUGCCGGUGACAACGCCGCUCGUGGCGUCCAUAGGGCCCACUGCGGCCUCGGUCGUGCUGCCGGUAGCCUCGCCGAUGGGCGUGAACGUCAACCCGCCCGAGUACAACCCGUUCGAUAAGUUGGGCGACGCCGACGCGAAGCGGGUUACGUAA